CUCCGUGUGCCGGCCGGAGAGAGGCGCAGCCCGGCCCAACAGCCCUCCCCCUUCUCAAACAAUUGCGCACCAGGAAGUGGGGGCCCGAAGAAGGGCUGGCGAGGCGGGUUCUCGGUCUUUCGGGGGUGCCGCUGAAGAGCCCGGAGAGGGGCGAGGGCUGGGGGGAGGCGCAAGAGAGUCGCCUUGAUUAUGGCGCAGCUGCCCUCGACUCCAUCUACCUCCAGGUGGGAAGAGAGCAGCGGUGGCUUUCUUUCCAGCAGGUGGUACUACGCAAAUCAGACUUUGCUCUUAGGCAUCACGCUGGCAAUCCUUGGAAAUUUUCUCAUUAGCAUCUCUUUGAAUCUUCAGAAAUAUUCUCAUGUUCAGUGCGCACGCUUAGCCAAUCAGAAGCCUGUUUACAGAAGCAAGCUCUGGUGGUGCGGAAUUAUUCUUAUGGGGAUCGGAGAAAUGGGGAACUUCGCUGCUUAUGGAUUUACUUCAGUCAUGCUUGUCGCUUCCCUAGGAAGCAUGGCUGUCUUAGGUAGUGCACUUAUAUCUGUCUUAUUUCAAAAAGAGAUCAUGUGGUCUGAAGGUGUAUUAGGUGGAACUCUGACAAUCGCAGGGACAUUUUUGCUGGUGACCUUUGCUCCCCAUGUUGCCCAGGAAGCCACAGCAAGAAGGAUACAGAGUUAUUUAGUUAGCUGGCAGGUCCUAAUUUAUUUGAUCUUGGAAAUAAUAACGUUCUGCAUUCUUCUGUAUUUCUAUAAAAGAAGGGAUAUGAAGCACGUUGUGGCUUUGUUAACCCUGGCAGCAUUGCUAGCAUCUCCAGCCAUCAUUUCUGCAAAAGCCGUGGCAUCUAUGAUUGUACUUUCCGUUAAGGGAAACAUGCAGCUAACCUACCCCAUUUUCUAUCUCAUGCUUAUCAUAAUGGUCCUAACUUGUGUAUUCCAAGUCAAGUUCUUGAGCCAAGCAGAGAAACUCUAUGGAGCAACAAGAGUGAUUCCAAUAAACUAUGUGUUCUUCACAAUUAAUGCAGUCGUGACAGGAGCUGUAUUUUAUCGGGAACUCCAAGGUGUGAGUUUGCUAAGUGGUUUCAUGUUUCUGUUUGGGUGUCUUCUGUCAUUCGUUGGAGUAUUUUUAAUCACCCAAAACAGAGGCAAGGAACAUUUGACAAGUUUUUAUAUAGACUACGGACACAUCCCUGGAAAGAAGAUGAGAGAGAAAAUACAGCCAGAUUCAAACAGCUUACCCUAUGGCUCUUUGUGUAAUGAAGGUGAGCCUGUAAAGACUCAAAACUAAGAGAAAAGAGCAUCUUAAAUGUCAGUUAACAAGAGAAACCUCCUAUUUAUUGGCUUCAUAUUCAACACCACCCUUUUAUUACUCAUGCUCAUUGUGUGUCAAGUUAUUUCAUCCUGACAGCUCUUAUGGUGAUUUAAUCCUCUUUGAAGAUCCCUUGGCUAUUGCAAACACAUUGCAAUAUAAACCAGCUAUUGUGUUCAAAGUGAUUGGUCAUUAAACAAACCUGGGUGUUACGCUUAUGCCGCGGUUCUUUUUCUGUGAUCACUUACUUUUCUGCAGCCGAGCAGUGCCUCCACACAGGCUACACAAAGCUGGAUUGUAUCCGGUUUGCCCGAGUGCCAUUCUACAUUGACCUUUUCUCUCAGUUAUUGACACUACUUGCUAUUUGUUCACUCAUUGAUUCCACAGAGGCUAGAGGAAUCAUUCUUCCUAAAUUGCAUUUCAGUGUUUCCUCAUUUCUUUCAAGUGCUGACUUAAGAUGAUUUAUUUAGUUUCUAAUGCAAUUGCAGUGUUAUCCUUUCAAGUGUGAACUGGCAAACUGCUAUUGCCACACCCGUGCAAAGGAGGAGAGGAGAGGGUGACUUCGUUUCUGCCCUUUCAUUUUUACUAUUUCUUUCUCACUUCCCUCUUCUCCCUUUUUCUUUGCAGUAAAAACUCAUCAACUACAGAAAAAGGCUUUAUCAGUCUUACUACUGCCCUUUGGCUUGGAACCUACCAGCAUUUCUAUUUAUUUUUAUUUAGUUAGUUAAAACAUUUCUAUACCACUAUUCCACCCAAAUAGGGGACCCAAAGAGGCAAACAUCAAAACAUUUUGAUGUUAAAAACAUUUAAAUAAAGUAUACUUGCCGCAUUUCAAUAAAAACAUAUAAACUCACCUGACUCCAAAAGCCAGGGAGGAAGCAAUAUCAGUUAUUGGUGGUAUGCCAAACAGUACAAAAAAGUCUUCAUCCACUGAGAAAACAAUAGAGGAAGUUCCGAAGGUUUGGCACCAGGACUGAGAAGGCCCUUUCUCAGGGAGCCACCUGUCUAGCUUCAGAUGGCAGGGAUCACCCAAGGCAGAGCCUGUGAAGAUGACGAGAGUGGACAGGUAGAUAGGAGAAGGCAGUUUUCUAAUCAAUCUCAUCCUGUUCCUGCCUCAACUCGACUUCCAUCCUAGGUUUUUUGUCCACAUGGUCUGGUCAUCCCCAGCAUGGCCUUUUCAGUUGUCAAAAGGAAAAGGUGGGAGGAUCCAACAAUCUAAUUUUUGCACCCUGAUACAUGCAUAAUAUUGCUUUGAAGGGAACAUUCCUUCUCGAUCCCCUGUCCCCAGCAACAGUGACAUGGGCUGUGGAAAAGAGAAGAUGGAUCAAAUUUUCCAAAGCAGCACUAUUGUUUUUGAGAAGGAAAGAACUGGGAAAUCUUUACAGGAACAUUGCGUGGAUCAGGUAUCACUGAUACCAGAAGGAUACCUCUAGAUCCCUUCCAGUGAGGGUUUCACCCAGGACAUGGAGCAGAGACAUUGCUGGUCGCCCUCACGGAUGAUCUUUGCAGACACCUGGACUGAGGUGGAUCAGCACUGCUGAGAUUAUUAGAUCUUUUGGCAGCGUUCGAUACGGUUGAUUAUGAUCUUUUGACCCACCACCUCACCGAUGUGGGGAUACGGGACGGCACUGCAGUGGCAUGUCUCUUUUCUCCAUAGUCAGGGACAGAGGGCAGUGCUUGGGGAGAAAUUGUUAUCCUGCCACCCGCUGGUAUGCGGUGUGCCAUAGGGAGCAAUUCUUUCCCCGUUAUUGUUUAACAUCUAUAUGCGCCCCCUUGACCAGCUGGUGCAAUGUUUCGGACUUGGGUGUCACCAAUAUGCUGAUGACACCCAGUUAUAUCUGUUGAUGGACAACCAGCCUGGCUUGGCUCCAGAUGCCCUGGAGCAUGCUUUCGAAGUCGUGGCUGGAUGGUUGAAGCAGAGUCCACUGAAAUUAAAUCCCACGAAGACAGAGAUCCUAUACUUGAGUCGCGGAUGUGUGGAUUCAGGACUCCAGCUUCCUGUCCUCGACAGGGUGGUGUUUACACCAAUCCCGAGAGUCAGGAGCCUGGGGGUGAUCCUAGAUUCCCCCUUGAAUAUGGAGGCUCAGGUCGCCACGGUCUUCUUUUUUCCAUCUCUGACAGGCCAGGAAGCUUGCUCCCUAUCUGUCGACCUGCAACUUAACUAUGGUGAUUCAGGCAAUGGUCACCUCUACACUUGACUACUGUAACGCAUUCUACUCCCUUGCGUCUGAUUCAGCAGUUACAGCUGAUCCAAAAUGCAGUGGCACAUGUCAUCACCAGAGUGCCCAGUAGUGCACAUAUAACAUUGGUACUGUGCCAGCUGCAUUGGAUACCAGUGGAGUACCGAAUCAGAUUCAAGGUUUUGGUAUUAACCUAUAAAGCCCUAUGCAGACUGGGACCGUCUCUCCCCAUAUGUGCCACAGAGGAUGCUCUGAUCUGGAGAUAAGCAGCUAUUAAUGGUCCAUGGUCCCAGGGAGGCCCGCCUAGCAUCAACCAGAGCCAGGGUCUUUUCGGUCCUGGCUCCAACCUGGUAGAACGCUCUCAAAUGAGACCAGGGCCCGGCAGGAUUUGUUAUCCUUCCGCCGGGCCUGUAAGAUGGAGCUGUUCUGCCAGGCAUAUGGUUGAUGCUGGGUAGGGCCCCCGCUGGCCGAAUAGAAAUAGAAUGGGGCCCUCCCUAUCACAGCAUCCACCUCCAAAACCUCUCCCUUUAAGAAAUGUUUCAGUGAAGGUUGGAUGAAGGAUUCAAUUACGUACAUGCUGUGUGAAAUUUUGUACCUGUAAUUUUAAAUUUUUAAAUUUUUAAUGUAUAUAUUGUGAUUUUAAAUUGAGAAACUGUAAAUUUUAACGUCUAUGAAUGUAAUCCGCCCUGAGCCUGCCGGUGCGGGGAGGGCAGAAAUUGA